GUUUGUAGGAGGUGAGCUGAAUGCCUGCUACAACGCGGUGGACCGUCAUGUGGAGAGAGGGAGAGGACAGGUGGCCCUCAUACAUGACAGCCCUGUCACGCAACAAGUGCGCAAAAUGACAUACUCACAGCUUCAACAUCAGGUAUCACACCUGGCGGGAGCGUUGGCGAGUAUUGGUGUGGGCAAGGGUGACCGAGUCUUGAUCUAUAUGCCUUUGGUGCCUGAGGCGAUUGUUUCCAUGCUGGCCACAGUUCGUCUCGGAGCGGUACAUUCUGUCGUUUUUGGAGGGUUUGCAGCCAGAGAAUUGUGUACAAGGAUAAAUCAUGCUGAGCCGAAAGUUAUAAUUGCAGCAAGCUGCGGUGUGGAGCCAAAUAAAAUUGUCAAAUACAAGGAGAUUCUGAACGAAGCUAUCGAAAUGGCUACGAUGAAGCCGAAGAACUGCAUCAUUUUCCAACGUCGCAACGUUUAUGAGGCGGAAGUUACUCCGGGACGCGACAUCCUGUGGGAUGAUGCUAUUGCCAACUACGGCACCCAUGACUGUGUCCCAGUCGAAGCCAAUGAUCCGCUCUACAUUCUAUACACUUCUGGCACAACAGACCAACCAAAAGGCAUCCUGCGGCCAACCGGAGGACACAUAGCCACUCUGGCGUGGACGAUGUCGACGAUCUACGGCAUGAAAGAUGGUGAUGUGUGGUGGACUGCUUCGGACAUGGGUUGGGUGGUCGGGCACUCCUACAUCUGCUAUGGGCCGCUCUGUGCUGGUCUCACAUCCAUCAUGUACGAGGGAAAGCCAGAUCGUACCCCUGAUUGCGGACAGUAUUUCAGGUAAACAAGC